AUUCUUUAUGUUGCUGUCUAAAGGCGACUCAACAAGAAGAAAUUCCGCUUCAAGCACAACCUGCAAGAUCGAAGAGAGAAGAUGGAAGGCGAAGGUGAAGAAUGCGCCGGAAGUUGACGCUAAUCGGGGCAUGAGCCUGGAUGAGAUCACCGAGCUCCGACUAGGGCUGCCGGGCGAGACACGGAGGAAGUCGGGCGCGAAACGGGGAUUUCCCAAGACUCUCGAUCUCGAUCUCAACGCAUCAGCUGCCGGUAAAGACGAAGCCCAAAGUUCUUCCAAGGCCGGUGCACAGAUGAAGGACCAAGUUUCCGGCGCCGCUAAGCCUCCCGCUGCCAAGACGCAAGCUGUGGGGCGACCACCAGUGAAAGCCCUCACGAAGAAAGUGAAGGUGGCCGUGGAUGGAGCUCUUCUCUCUAGGAAAGUCGAUCUGGAGGCAUGCGGCAGUUACCAACAGCUUUCGACCGCUCUUGAGGAGCUCUUCUCUUGCUUCUACUUCUGCAAUUAUGCAAGUGAGAGGAAGAUCGUUAACCCAGCGAAUGGUGAUGAAUAUUUGCUAACUUAUGAGGACAAAGAUGGUGACUCGAUGCUGGUUGGAGAUGUGCCUUGGAAAAUGUUUGUCGAAUCUUGCAAGCGUCUGCGGUUCAAGAAGAGCUCCUAAGCCACCAGUUUAGGUAAUCCCCGCUUCUUCAUUUUGACAUAACCGGCCGCCAAACAAAAUUACUGAG